AGACCUUGGAUGGUUGGACUGUUCAUUGUAUGGGUGGCAUAACUGUCACCACAAUUGCAUGAUCCACGCUCACCACAUUUCAUUUGCAAAUCGCCCAAAAUUCAGUUCGCAGAAAGUAAACCAUCCGCCAUGGAAGCUCUCAGAGCUCCCUCCCCUGUUUCUCCACCUUCACGUAUCAGAACCCAAUUACCCAAACCCAUUUUCAGUCUUUCAUUUACUCACAAAACCCCCAAUUCACCCUUACCCAAUCUAACCCAAUUUACAAAACCCAAAUUCAAAACCUUCACUACCAUUUCUCCAUCUGUUUCAACCGAACCCACAUCCCCACCUGAAGAAGAAACCGAAACCCUUGAACAAGAUGAAAAAUUCGACUGGUUUUCUCAGUGGUACGCGCUCAUGCCUGUGUGUGAUCUGGACAAGAGGGCGCCCCAUGGGAAGAAGGUGCUAGGUCUCGAUGUUGUUAUCUGGUGGGAUAAGAACGAUAACGAAUGGAAGGUGUUCGACGAUAGUUGUCCACACAGAUUGGCUCCACUUUCCGAAGGAAGGAUCGAUCAAUGGGGAAGGCUGCAGUGCGUCUACCAUGGCUGGUGCUUCGGCGGCUCCGGCGACUGCAAAUUUAUCCCUCAAGCUCCCCCUGAUGGUCCUCCGGUUCAUACGUUCCAGAAAGCAUGUGUAGCUGUUUACCCAAGCAUUGUUCAAAACGGAAUUGUUUGGUUUUGGCCUAACACUGAUCCUGAAUACAAAGAUAUCCUCACGAAGAAGAAACCUCCAUACAUUCCUCAACUCGACGACCCUUCAUUUACAUUCCAAAUGUUUAACAGAGACAUACCAUAUGGGUAUUCAUCAUUCAAUCUUUCAAAUUGUCUCCUAUUUAACAAAAAACGAAUCCAUUCAUCGAUCAAGAGACUGACAUUUCACAUUUUCAGGUACGAAAUCUUGAUUGAAAACCUCAUGGAUCCCGCUCAUGUUCCAUACGCACAUUAUGGCAUAAUGAGGAUGCCACAACCCAGUGUUAAGCAAGAUCGGGAAGGGGGAAGACCUCUUGAAAUAAACGUAAACAAAAUAGACAAAAAUGGUUUCACUGCAAACCAACAAAAUAGUCAAUGGCAAUUCGUUCCUCCUUGUUUGUUUUAUGGAAGUGCAACAAUCGGGGGAAAUCCAGAUGACGUGUCUGCCACCUCAGCAGGAAACACAAAGGGGCAAUUAAGUCAAAAGCCACCUCGACAAUUGCUUUUGAUCUUUAUAUGUAUGCCAGUGAGUCCUGGAAAUAGCAGAAUUAUCUUUAUUUCGCCUAGAAACUUUGGUGUUUGGAUUGAUAAAAUUGUCGCAAGAUGGAUGUAUCAUAUUGGGCAGAAUUUGAUUAUUGAUUCUGAUUUGUAUCUUCUUCAUGUUGAGGAAAAGAAAGUGAUGGAAGCUGGAUCUUCUAAUUGGAAUAAAAUAUGUUUUGUUCCAACAAAAGCAGAUGCAAAUGUGGUUGCAUUUAGAAAAUGGCUAAAUAAGUAUUCAGAUGGAAAAAUCGAUUGGGGAAACAAAUUUAAUGGAUCUCUGCCACCAACUCCCGCUAGAGAACAACUCAUGGACAGGUAUUGGAGCCAUGUGGUGAAUUGCACGAGUUGCAAUUCGGCAUACAAAGGUCUUAAUGCACUUGAGGUGUCACUUCAAGUGUUUUCACUUGCUUCAAUUGCUAUUGUGGCUGCAGCCAAACAAGGGAUGAUAUCGGUUGCAGCAAGGAAUACACUUGUUGUUCUUGCUAUUUUGUGCUUUGUGGGAUCAAAAUGGUUGUCUCAUUUUAUCCACAAAAACUUUCACUACCAUGAUUAUAAUCAUGCUUUUCGUUGAGAGUUGUUGUUUUGAGGAUAAUACUUGCUUUAUAGAGCUUGUUAUUGUGCCCAUGGUUGUAUGUAGUGAUAAACAAGACACGAGACAUUGAUAUCAUUUAUAGUGAAUACGUAUAAAUUAAGUCUA